AUCGGCACUAAGUAUCGUCAAUUCCCCGAAACACAAGAUAUAUCGCCACGUGUCACCUCGAAUGAUGACAUUUUGAUGAAAAAACAAAUAAAAUAUUCAGACGUUAGUCACGGCAGUUUCUAAAGCAAAGAAGACCCCUCCCGCUGACGUGUCCAUAUUAUUUACUCUCUCUCUCUCUCUCUCCUCAACUGUAUGAAUCUUCCAUUUUCGCUCCUUCUUUCUCUCUCUAAGAUUUUUAUUCAAAACAAUAUAUAGGGUUUCUGGUUUUACUCCGAAAUUCGCACAACUUCGAAUACUGUCCAAUUGAAUUGGAUGGUUUGAGAAGAUCGGCGUGGUUAUUAGAAAAUUAGAAAUGGCUGUUGCUGGAGUGCACAAUGCAGCUGUGUUGGAGUCUACUUUUUUGAGGGAGUCUCAUUCGCAGUCACCACGGAGGCAAGAAGACGGAGGAAGAGGAGGCACACGGUCAUCUUCACUCUUGCAAAUGUGGCGAGAGAUUGAAGAUGAGCAGGUGGCGAGACAGAUUCAAGGAAGAUCUGACGAAGUAUUAGUUCAACAAAGGAGUGAUGGGUUGGUUUCAGAACCAUCAUCACAGGAAAGUAUGAGUCGUAUGACCGAAGAUGCAGUUUUGGGUGAGAAUGAAUCUGAAACAUGGUCACAGUCACAGAGUCAGAAUGGGUCUCAAUAUGAACAGGAUCAGGAGGAGUUAAACAAUUCUAGUCGUGAAAAUUCUUCUGAUAUUGGAGAGGUCGGGAGGGAA